UAUUUUCGAUUUUCGUAAUUUUACAUGGCGCCCGAGCAGGGACUACAAAAAAGACUUUGUUGAUUGUUAAUUAAACAUAAAGAAAAUUCAAUUAUUGCAAUUGAUAAGUUUAAUUAAUUUCACACCUUGUUGGCAGCUGAGUGCAUAUAAUUAAAAACACAUUCGUUUGCGUUGUUUCGUUGCUGGCCUUUUGGAUUUAUGGAUCAAUCAGAAGUCAACAGCUCUUCUGAUGAACAGCUUCAUCGCAAGGCGUGGCGUUCCACUUCGGAUGUAUUCGGACAACGCCACCAACUUCGUCGGGACAAACAACGUACUCAAGGAGCUACAGAUGGAGUUCACGAAGCAGCAGGAGAAACUGCAGUUGUUCGCGUCGGAGAUGGGGAUGGAAUGGCACUUCAUCCCUCCUCGAGCCCCACAUUUCGGAGGGCUGUGGGAAGCCGCGGUGAAAUCCGCAAAGCAUCUCCUCGUCCGGCAAAUGGCCAACGCGUCACUGACGGAAAGCGAGGUCAGAGCUCAUCUGGCAGAUGUCGAGGCCAUCCUCAACUCGCGGCCUCUCACUCCACUCAGCUCCGAUCCCAACGAUGGCGAGGCUCUAACGCCGGGCCAUCUUCUAAUCGGGCAAGCCAUACGUUCGCUGCCGCAAGGAUCCGUGCCAGACAGGCCCAACAAAGAGCUGACGUAUUUGCGACGGUGGCAAAUGUUAUCCACGCUCAGACAGCGGUUUUGGCUCGCGUGGUCGAAGGACUACAUCCACAACCUCCAAAUCCGCACCAAAUGGAAGUCUCCACAGCCCGGCUUGGAGGUCGGAUGCCUCGUCCUGGUUCACGAGGACAACACGCCACCUCAGCGGUGGAUAACUGGAAGGGUCGCAGGCGUAACCCGAGGAACAGACGGCCAAAUACGGGUGGCCGAAAUUAGAACGGGCACUGGUACAUUCAAGCGCCCAAUCCAUAAAUUAGCACGGUUGCCAGUGAUUUGAAAUCCCACGUCGGGUAUUCCAAGGUGGCCGGUGUUAAAUCAAGCGCCUUGUCCCACUGUAAGCCUGCUCAGCCUAACUGAGCAGUUACAUUUACUCUCAAUCUUGCGCUCUUUGCUACAGUUGUUACAUUUUAGUUAUAAGCUUUCGCUCAACUUUUGUUUUCCUUUAACUACUAAUGUCGGAAUAACCGGCAAACAAUAAAUUGUCGCUCUCUCCUUUCGCAACUAGCAAACGAAUUAGACGUGUUUUAAUUUGCCCAUCAGCAGCCUUCAAAGUGCCUCAUCUUUUUUGCUCCCAACAACAACAAAUAUAUUUUCGAUUUUCGUAAUUUUA